AUGACUAUCGACUGGAUUGGAUUUGGCUAUGCUAGCAUGGUAGCAUUUGGAGGCAUUUUGGGAUAUCAUCGCAAAGGAAGCAUCGUGUCUUUGAUUGCUGGCCUCUCCUUUGGGUUGUUUGCUGCUUAUGGAGCUUACCGAGUCUCCCUGGACCCCCGAGAUAUCAAAGUGUCGCUGUAUACUGCUUUUCUUUUGACCAUAAUCAUGGGCAUGAGGUUCAAGAGAUCCAAGAAACUAAUGCCCGCAGGGAUCGUGGCUGGCCUAAGCCUCUUGAUGAUUUUGAGACUCGUUUUGCUGCAGCUGUGAGAACCCCAGCGACCAAGGACAACCUUCCACCAACCGACUAAAUAUGUUCUUUGUACUUGAAAGAUAAGUUUUGUUAAGAAAUGUCAAGCAUCUGUUUUCUUUAAGAAAAAAAAAGCAACUAACAAACGAAGACUUCUUAUAGUAGUGUUAGUCUGCAAGCUUUUUUUUACUAAAAAAAUUUUUAAGUGUCUUCUAAUUGACAAUCAUUAUUUCCUAAAAGAUACUUAUAAAGAUGUCUCACUAAUCCUCAUUUCUUCUUCUCCUCUUAUUUAUCACAAUAGAAGAUGCAAAGACAUUGUCCACUGUUGUGAAUUUUUUAAGUCUUUUAUAUUUGUUUACUGAAAAUUCCAAAUACUGAUGUCACCAGACACAAGUUUACAUGAAAAUAAAACUUAUCAGAUAAUAGGAUGCCUUAUGUGUGAUUUGACUAAAAUACUGAUUGCUCUAAUCUCUGUUUGUCUUACAAGCUGCAUAGAAAGUGCUUUUGUCCUGUAUUUUAAAUUUCAUUCCACUCUCUACAGACACUGGAUGUAGGAGCAGAGGGUAACUAGUAUUCAAAUAAAAGCUCUUCUAUUUUAAAUCUA